AACCAGUCACCUUCAGUGUGCUGCUGGUCUGUGCAGCACUGUGGUUGGCACUGCCAGUGUAGAGAAGAUGGCACAGGAUGGCACAAGUCAGAAAGUUUCAGCAGUACCACUGAUCCACCGCACUUUCCAGCUGGAUUAACCAAACCAUCCAUCCAUUUAUCCAAACGCACAGGUUCCAGUCUGGGUCUGCGCCCCCCGCGCCUCCAUGCCGUCUCCCGGAGCGCGGCGCAGCAGCUGGGUGAAUGGCAGCAGGCCGGAGCCGGGCCCCUGCCCCCGCCGGCGGGGCUCCAGCUGCUCCUGCCCGGCUGGUGGAGCUCUGAGCGCCAGGCGGCUCAGUCAGCCCUUCACGGCCGUGGCGCUGCGCUCUCUGCUGGCGGUGGACCUCUGGCUGUCCCGCCGGCUGGGGGUCUGCGCGGCGGAGGACUCGCUGCUGGGGGGAAUCCGGCCGCUGGUGAAGCUGCUAGAGCUCUCCGCCCACCGGACCCCGUGGAUCUCCACCGCCGCCUACCUGCUGCUCACCAGCCGCACCGCCGAGGAGCAGGAGUUCACCAUCAACCUGCUGCUGGCGUUGUUGCUGGAUCACAUCAUGGUUGGAGUGGUGAGGGCGUUGGUACGUUAUCGUCGCUCUGGGAUGUUUCCAACGUUCCCCUCCCAUCCUCGUUACUCCUUCCCAUCAGCCCACGCUACACGAGCCGCCAUGUGCGCCCGGUUCCUCCACGCCCGGCUGCUGCUGGAGGCUCCGGUUCAGGCUCUGCUGCUGGUGUGGGCGGCUCUGAUGGGUCUCUGUCAGGUCCUGCUGGGUCAGCACAACGUCAGCGGGGUGACUCUGGCCCUGGCGCUGGGGUACUGCCAGUACAGCCUGGUGGAGCGCUGCUGGCUCCCCAUCGACCGGCUGCAGGACGUCCUGCUGACCCUGCUGGGGGACGGGCAGGACACUUAGGGGGACUGAGAGACACUGGUACACUCUGAUCACUCUGAUCACUAAACUGGGACGCACUUUGAAAAGUGAACUAAAGCUUCUACGCACAAAGCGUGCAUACCAUGAUUUGCCCUGUCUGCAUUUCUGAUAUUGUGCAUAUUUUACACUAUAUUUAGUCCUUAGAUGUUAAAGCAAGUUAUAGUGUUUAAUGUGUUUUUUAGAUUUAUUUCUAGCUGAAUAAUUGAUACAAAUGUUUGGUACAUCUUUCUGUCAUGUCUGUUUUUUAAAGCUAAUAAACAAAAAAAUAAACAAAACAAAA